ACCGCCACUCCGCCCGCCAAUGCACCAUUUACCAGCUUGAUUCCCUGAUUCCCUGGCCGCUGAUCAACGGAAGUGGAGAGUCUGCUUCUUGGACCAAAUAGAAUCUGCUAAUCGAAUGGCUCUGCCUUCGCCUAGUCGAAUCUCAAAGCUUGGAAGCUCUUUUUCUGCUCUUCAGUAUUUCUCUUAAAAUAUUCACACCACGAAACUAAGAAACAGAUUCAAUGGCGACGCCAUUCUUGAAAACCGGUGCAACCCAAGACGCUGAAGCUAAAGGAAACUGCUAUCCCCAUUGGUUCUCUGUAGAAACUGGAAUAUGCAAAAGCACUCACCCUCCCGUGCACCUCCCAUCUGACCCUUUUCUUGAUGUUGUUUCCUUCAUUUUCUCGCACAAACAUGGUGGGGUUUCCGCUCUGGUCGAUUCCCAAUCCGGAGUUUCGAUUUCAUACUCGGAAUUGCGUUCCCUUGUCAAGUCAACCGCCGCUGGUCUUCAUCGAAUGGAUGUUUCACAAGGUGAUGUGGUCAUGAUUCUGCUCCCCAAUUCCAUUUAUUUCCCAGUUGUGCUUUUGGGUGUUUUGAGUUUGGGUGCGGUUGUGACCACUGCGAAUCCUCUCAGUAGUUUGGUAGAGAUAAAGAAGCAGGUUUCUGAGUGUAAUGUUAGCCUGGUAUUUACAACCCUUGAAAGAGUUGAUAAAUUGGGUACAUUGGGUGUUCAGAUUAUAGGUUUACCACAACAUUUUAUGUUUGGUUCAGAAAGGAAUUUAGAUUCUGGUUUUCAUAAGCUAAUUUCUUGUGAUCCCAAAUUGGCCCCAAAGCCUAGAAUCAAGCAACAGGACACUGCAGUGAUACUUUACUCCUCAGGAACUACGGGUAAUUGUAAAGGCGUAGUCUUGACUCACGCGAAUUUUAUAGCUACGGUUGAACUGUUUAUGCGGUUUGAAGCUUCACAGUACGAGCAUUUAAGUACAGAAAAUGUAUACUUGGAUGUUAUACCGAUGUUUCAUGUGUAUGGACUGUCUCUGUUUGGGAUGGGGUUGUUAUCCUUGGGUUCUACUGUGGUUGUGAUGAGAAAAUUCGAUGCUGAUGAGAUGGUAAGGGCUAUCGACAGAUAUGGAGUUACUCAUUUUCCGGUUGUCCCGCCAUUACUAAUGGCAUUGACAAGAAGAGCAAAGGGUGUUGCUCAGCGUUCUAUGAAGAGUUUGAAACAGGUUUCUUGUGGGGCUGCUCCGUUGAACACAAAAUGCAUUCAAGACUUCAUUCGGACUUUCCCUAACGUUGACUUCAUUCAGGGUUAUGGCAUGACGGAGUCUACUGCUGUUGGAACACGUGGUUAUAAUACUGAGAAGCUUCAUAAUUAUUCUUCAGCAGGACUUUUGUCACCAAACACAGAAGCUAAAGUUGUUGAUUGGAUUACUGGUUCAUCCUUACCACCCAACAGCACGGGUGAGCUUUGGCUACGUGGUCCUAAUGUCAUGAAAGGGUACUUAAAUAAUGUCGAAGCUACUAAGUCUACAGUAGAUGAUGAUGGCUGGCUUCAUACUGGAGACAUUGUAUAUUUUGACCAAAAUGGAUAUCUUUAUGUGCUUGACCGCUUGAAAGAGAUAAUAAAAUACAACGGCUUUCAGAUUGCUCCUGCUGACUUAGAAGCUGUGUUGAUGUCUCAUCCCGAUAUUAUUGAUGCUGCAGUAACCUCAGUCAUUAAUGAAGAAGUCGGGGAAAUUCCAGUGGCUUUUGUGGUCAAGAAAGAUAGCUCCACACUUUCCCAAGCAGAUGUAAUCGAUUUUGUCGCUAAGCAGGUUGCACCGUACAAGAAAGUGAGAAAGGUCAUUUUUAGAGGGUCGAUACCAAGGUCUGCAGCUGGAAAGGUUCUAAGAAAGGAACUGCGGAACUUGCUGAAAUCGAGAAUGUAGGGUAACUGAUGCUGCCCGCUUUGAGCAGCCAGGUAAAAUGCAGUUGCCAUUCAAUACUCUGGUUUACCCUUUUGAUUUGGGUUCAUAUAGCAAGAAUAGGAUAAAGAUAGUUGGCAAGAGUAUUUUAGGUUCAUAAUUUGAAUGUGAUAUUUGAUCCCUUCACAUUUCUGUUUUUCUUUUCAGUGAAAUAUAUUAGAAUGAGAUUCAUUUCUAACAGUUGGGUAUAGUUACAAUGUUAGUUUGAAUUGUUAGCCUCCUCUCUUCUCUUCUAAUGUAAUGAAUUUUUUUGCUUAGAA